AUGACAUCUGCUCCGAUUUCCAUCGUUCUCGGUACAGCGCUCUUGAUCAACAACAUGGGAUACUCCGCAUUGGUCGGUCUCGGCGUCCUUGCACUAAUCGGUCCAUACCAGACCUUUAUGUUUAAGCGGAUCUCCCGACUCCGCAAAGCUCAAACAAAAGUCAUGGAUAGUCGCGUCCGCCUGCUUUCCGAAGUCCUUAACAACAUCAGGUCUGUUAAAUUGUAUGCUUACGAAAAGCUUUGGGCGGACAGGAUUGAAGAUAUGCGAAAGGAGGAGCUGCAGAAACGUAGAUCGAACAGUGUCGGAAAGUCGAGCCUGAACAUGAUUGUCACAUUCAUACCUACGCUCGCGGCUAUCAGUAACUAUAUCACCUACUCUCUCAGCGGACACACGCUAAACGCGGCGGUCAUCUUCUCGUCUCUGCAGUACUUCAACAUUAUGAGAGUACCGUUGACAAUGCUUCCACAACUCCUCUCUAGCUUCAGCGAGGGCAAAGUCGCCAUCGUCUAUCUACGCUUUUUGAGGUCAGUAUAUCAAUUGCGCUCCGGAGUGAGCCUACCUGUUGACGUAGCUUUUGAAUCGACACUUCUUCGAGGUAUGGAAUCGAAGUGUAGGCCAGCUUUCAGCAUGAAGACAGCGAGCCCCGACAAAGCUGGCGCGAAAGUCGACCCCAAUACCGCGAGUAAUACACCAUUUUCGCUCAAGAACAUCGAUCUACAGAUACCCCGAGGCUCUCUCGUAUGCGUGGUAGGUAGCGUAGGUACCGGAAAAACGGCCCUUCUCUCCGGUCUUCUCAACGAGAUGAAACGUACCGAAGGCGAAGUAGUUUUCGGUGGGAGUGUCAGCUACGUCCCCCAACACGCCUGGGUACAAUCGGGGUCUAUCAGAGAUAACGUUACCUUUUCUAGUGCAUCUGGAGACGUUGAUCUGAACCGUGUAGAAGAAGUCAUUGGGGCGUGCGCUUUGAGGCGUGAUGUCAAUAUGUGGCCUCAAGGCGUUCUGACUGAAAUAGGUGAACGAGGAAUUACACUUUCUGGUGGACAACGACAGCGCAUCUGUAUUGCCCGAGCAGCUUACUCUCAGGCGUCUGUCGUUCUUCUCGACGAUCCGCUGUCAGCAGUGGAUGCUCACGUCGGGAAUCAUCUCCUUCACAAUUGCAUUCUCAACGGGCCUUUGAGCCAUCGCACACGUGUUCUUGUAACGCAUCAUUUGGACAUGUUGCAUCAUGCUGAUGUCAUCCUCGUGAUGGGAAAAGAUGAGAAGGGCGAUGGACAUAUCAUUCAACAAGGGACUUAUGAGCAACCGAUGUCGGCAAGCGGAACUUUCCAGACCCUGAUCAGCCAAUUUGGAUCUACUCACGACUCUUCUUCCAGCGGCGAAUCUGGAGGGAAAGACGCUGAUGGAGAAGCAGAACUAGUACCCAAAGAUGACACAGAAGGAGAAGAGACCGAUCCCACAAAUAAGGCUGAGGUGAAGAAGCUAGUAAUAGAUGAGGAAUGGGCACAAGGAACAAUCUCUUGGACAUCAUAUCGCCAGUACGCCCAAGCAAUCAAAUCCUGGGCUCUGCCUCCCAUGGUGGUGUCAUUUUUGCUUCUCGCCCAGGCGGCUACCGUCUUCAACUCUCUUUUCCUAGGAAUUGGGUCAGAAGACAAGUAUCCUAAUCUUCGACAGGGCGAGUACAUGGCUAUCUAUGGAGGUAAGAGAUUUGGCGCUGUAUUUUCCACAUUUCUAGCUGCGAUUUCGGCAUCAUACACAAUUUUCAAUCGAGCAUGGAAUGGUGUCACCAGAAGUCCAACUGCCUGGCAUGAUCGUAACCCGACGGGGCGCAUCAUCAAUCGCCUAAGCAACGAUGUCGAGAAUCUCGAUGAUCACGUACCGGAUCUGUGGUAUUUACUCGCAAACGCCGUUAUGAGCAUCUUUGGAACUCUCGCCCUCAUCCUUUAUGUUUAUCCGUGGAUCGCUCUUCUGUUUAUCCCGGUUUACUUCUUUUACACCUUGGCUUUCAUCUACUACAGGAUUACCGCUCGCGAUCUCCAGAGACUGGCAUCUUUGACGAGAAGUCAUAUUUACCUCAACUUCGGAGAACAAUCUGCUGACCUGAUCCACCUGACUGGCCUUCCUGUCAUCCGCGCCUUCCAUCAGCAGUCGAGAUAUAACCGUAAAAUUAAGAAAUCAGUGGAUGUGGAAAUGUCGACCGUACUAUGCGGGGCAAUGACACAAAACUACUGGAUGGGGAUCAGAAUCAAUUUUAUGAGCUACCUUCUUAUUUUGUUUGUGGCAAUCUUUGGUGUUGUGUUCCGAAGCUCGGUCUCGCCAUCUCACUUCGGUGUCGUGCUGACAUAUGUAAUCGCUACAUCUGCCAGGAACUUUGAAGCAAAAAUGGUAAGCGCAUACUCAAGAAACGACGCACCUGCCGACGAGGACACAGAUCGAGUCCAAGCCUACGGGGAGCUCACCCCCGAAGCCCCUUCCCACCUCCCCUCCGAUCCCGACAACUCCUCCGGCCCUUGGCCUCCUGAAGGCACCAUCUCUUUCCAAAAUGUUCAGCUCAAAUACCGAUCAGAUCUGCCUCUAGUUCUCAAGGGGUUGACGUUCUAUGUCAAUCCUGGAGAGAAGAUCGGUAUCAUAGGAAGGACAGGCGCGGGGAAGAGCAGUAUCGCUCAAGCGCUUUUCAGGACUAUCGAGAUUGCGAGUGGGAAGAUCGUCAUCGACGGCAGAGAUUUACGAGGUCUCGGUCUCGAUACUUUGAGACAGAGGCUCUCUAUCAUCCCCCAAGAUACAUUCUUGUUUAGUGGUACAAUCCGCGAGAACAUCGAUCCCACAAACACUCACUCCGACGCUGCAUUGAACGAUGCUCUCAAUCUCAUCCAUAACGUCGACUCUUCCUCCCAUCUUAUCCGCGCCAAGUUCGGCCUAGACGCGACGGUCGCGAGUGAAGGCUCCAACUUUAGCGCUGGUGAACGACAGCUUUUGGCGCUGGUGAGAGCUCUGGUAAGAGGGAGCAAGGUCCUCAUGCUCGACGAAGCCACCUCCUCUGUCGACCCCGAGACCGAUGCUCUCAUCCAACGGAUCAUUCAAUCGCAAUUCUCAAACACUACCAUCCUCUCAAUAGUCCACAGACUCCAAACUGUAGCAUACUACGACCGGAUUCUUGUCAUGGACGCUGGUAAAGUCGCCGAGCUGGACACCCCCCUCCAUCUUUUCGAUCAACCUGGAUCCAUUUUCAGAUCUCUCUGCGAUAAGAGCAAAAUUACGCGUACGGAGCUGCUCAGAAUUCGACGAGAUGCAGGAUUGGGCGACCAUUGA